UGAAAUUGUAAAAAUGUCAAGAAAUCCAUUUAUUAAAACUAGUGAUAACUCUCAAGGAGCCUCUAGUAUGAUUGGCAAACAUCCAAAUCCAUUUGAUGCUUCUAAUAAACCCUCAAAUGACCAAAGACCAGCGUUUCCAGCUACAAGAACAUCAGACACAAAGCCAGCCAACCCUUUCACUGCAGGCAAGAAGAAUGGAUCUACUCCGAAGAAUCUAUUUGAAAACAAUCGCAAACAAGAGGAGAAUAAGACUGGAGAAGCAUCUAAGAAUCCUUUUGGUAUUAAUAAAGAUAAGAAAGAAGAAAAGAAAGAGACCAGUGCAUUAGAUAAAAAAGAAGAGAAUCAAGAAGAAACUAAGAAGGAAGCAAAAGAUAUAUUUGCCACAAAUAAGCAAAUUAAAAAUGCAAGUAACCCAUUUGGAAAUAAAGACGAUAAAAAGACAUCCACUAAUAUGUUUGCAAAGAAAGAUGAAAGUAGUAAAGAUAAAGAGAAAGAGAAUGCCAAAGACAAAGACAAACUCAAAACAGAUCCAAAAAUCGCCAGCAGUUCUUUGGGUGAGGCAUCGAAAUCAGAGAUCAAUAAUAAAACUAUUGACAAGAUAUCACAAGAGUGGAACACUCAACUUGAUUACAUGUCGGAAAAAUUCAAAACUUCAGCCGAUAAGCUUCGGGAGCAAGAGCUUGAAUUCUUCAGAGUUGCUGAAGUCAUUAAUCAGUUAGAACAAAAAUCAGAUGAAAUCCUAUCUCAAAGUGAAGAAAAAGAGAGGUCUAUUUAAAGAAAUUGAAAAUCGUCAGGCUGACCUGCUUCAAGAACUUCAAAAGUUUGACUCUAACCUAUCAGAGAACCUAUUUCCCUCAAAUACAGAUCCUUCAAAUCCUCGCCAAACUAUAUCUGAAAUUUUUAGUAAAACCAAUACUGAACUGAGUCAUCUGGAAUCUGCUCUUCAUGAUAUUCACUUGAUGAGCAAUAUAAACUCAACUCAUGGAAGCUCGAACAAGCCUUCUUUCCUAAACAGCAUCGAGAAUACUGUGACUCAGCAGUACUCUAUUUUAAGCUGGAUGGAAACUCUGUUAGAUGACCUUUCAGUCCAAGUUCAAGAAUUUGAAUAGGCAAUUU